GCGUUGCUAGCCUGCUCGCUCGGCGAAAAGGGCAGCAGCCGCACUCGACUGCCGGUGCCCUGCCGAGGCACCCCAUCCUCCCUCUCCACCCUCCCCGGCCCUCGGCGCGUGCGCCGGUGACGUGCAACGGCCGCCGCUGCACAGGCACCCGCACGCGCUAAGGCAGCCCUACCCUCGCGGCACAGCCACCGCUGCCGCUCACUCUGAUUCGUGAGCUCGGACAGCGCUGCGUCUUGCCGCUCCACCACCACCCUCCUAUCCGUCCCAUCCACCUCCUCUCUCCCUCGCCCAGACCGGCCCAGGCCGCACACACGCGGCAUGGAGCCGAGCCCGGGCCUGCCCUCCCACGAGGCCUCGCAGUAUCUGCCCGGCCUGCGGCGGCUCUUCGAUGAGCAGCAGCAGGCCGAUGCCGCCACCAGCUCCGGCCUGCGCGCCGCCGAGCCGGCCGGCAGCAGCGACAGUCCGCCGGCGCUGCUCAGCUCGUCGGCAUCCGACGUCGGCACCUUUGGCCGCAGCUCGAGCAGCAUCCUCCUGCCGACCUCCUCGGCGCUCAACGUGCGCAUCGAAGCACCCGUCGAGCCCAGCUCAAUACAGCUCGCGCGGCCCCCCGGCGACGCCGCGCUGCCGCUCGCCACUGCGCGGCAGCUCGAGAAGCAGCGCAUGGCCGACGACGACGAGGUGGAGGACAUGCUCUCCGUCAGCGUCCACGACGCGCCUGCCGUGGAGCCCGUGGCGCAGGAGCGGCUGGACCCCCGCGAGCACUGGGCCGCCGGUGCCGCAGGCUCGCCACCGCGGCCAAUGCGAACGGGCUCAGCGCAGCAGCAGCAGCGCGGCUCCUCCUCGCAGCCGGCGUCUUCAGAUCGGCGAUCGCGCGACGGCUCGCCAGAACGCAGAGGCUUUGGCGUGGGCGAGCGCGGCGGCGCCUCGGGUCAGGAGUUCAGCCCCUUGCGGCGAGUCCUGACGCCGGCGCAGGAAGAGUCACAGGCGCGCGCCCAGGAGAAGCGCCGGCAGAGCGAAGAGCUGGACCGCGAGUUUGUGCGCAUGCGCGGCUCGAGCUCGAGCAUCAUCAGUCCGCCACUCUCGCCAACAGUUCUGGCAGCGGCGAGCGGAGCAAGCGAGCGAAGCCCAUACCAGCGGCAUGGUCUGCUCGGCGACAACAAUCGGUCUCUGCGCGCCGCGUCGUACCCCGACGCAACGCCUGCUAUGCUGGCUGCGGCCGCUGCUAGCACGUCCGCUCGGAGGAUAUCCGCGUCUCGGCGACCGGCCAGCCGGCCACUGUCAGUGGACCACACUGCUGCGCCCGGAAAGCGUGGACGCACAUCGAGUGCACCAAUCUCGCCAGCUGGCGAGACUCCGCGCCUGCUCGUCUCUUCAGCGGACAGAGAGGCAGGGGGCAGAGAAGCACCGUCGAGAGGCGCCGACAGCACGCGUCGAGCGCUAUCCUUCACGCCAGGCACUCUGCCCGAUGGCACCUUGGCAGGCACCGAAGUGCCGCGCCGGACGUCCUCACAGCGCGCCCACGACCGCUCAGCGGGCCACUCGCCCACCGAUCGGCGGCGACACCACAGCGGCAGUCAUCUUGGCGCAAGCCCCGGUACGCUCGCAUCGCGCUGGAGCAGCGGCGACUGGUACGGCGUCGCGGCCGCCGACGAGUGGCCGGGCAGCAGUCGGCUGUCCGGCGAGCACGGGCGGCACUCCUUCUCAACGCUGCUGGCGAGCCAGGCACGCGCACACUCGCGCUUCCACAUGACGGCGUGGGCUGCGCUGCGCCCGCGCUUCCCGGCUCAGCUGCACACGCUGCGGCCGCUGCGCUUCACCUCCAUCUGGCCGCGGCUGCACCACGCCACGCUGCUGCUCUCGACGUACGCACAAGUGCCCGCGACGCUCUUCCUCGACUACAACGUGCUCUUUGUGCUCGCGUCGCUGGCGCGCUUUCCGUCAGUGCCCGGCACCGAGGCUGGCUGGUGGACUGCCGUCGCCGUGUACGGUGCCUGCGUCCUGGUCUGGCUCUUCGGCGUGCUGAUGCUCUGGGACGUUCUCAUAAGCUAUGGACGGCGCUGGCGCAAGUCACAACCCGAGAUUCUUCCUAUCUAUCUACGCUCGGCUGCAUUCUCACUCUCGACGAUCAAGUCGUACUCAGUCUACUCGCUCCUCUAUCGCGUGCGCAUGCGCGCCACUCGUCGCGACUUCUUCAUCGAGACGUGCUGGUUCCAGUCGCAGAACUGGCCGACUGUCCUCACGCUCGUGCCGCGUGGCAUCAUCUGCACUGUGGUGCUGUCGAUCUACCGGGAGCGCAGCGAGUUUGGUCCGGUUCUCGGCCGCGAUCCGAUCUACUUUGCGCAGGACUCGGACGCACUCACCGCCUAUGCGUUCGUCGUGCUGCUGAUCUUCGCCGCAUGGGCUGCAUUCCGGACGCUGUUGCUUCUGCUAUCAUACCUCGGUCUGCUCUUCGCUGUUGGCCCGCGCUCCCUCAUCGAUAGCGUGGACAAGCCUGCGCCAGGAUCCGAGGAGGAAGAGGCGAUUCGUCUCAGCGACUACCACAGCAACGGCUCGCGGCGGCCUCUGGUCGGCGAGAGUCCCGCGCCGAUGUGGGCCUCCGAGGUCGGCAUGCCACAAGCGGCUGCGCGCACAUCUGGCGAAGCGUUCUCCCGGGAGCAUGCCGAAGAGCUCGGCGCCGCCGCCACACUGCCGGCAGCAUGGCGCGACCGUGCUGAGGAUCGCAUCCGCGAUGCGCUGCUCGAGUUUGGCCCGGGCGCACCUUCCACGCAGGACCACAGUCCGCGCGGCUCACUCGAGCGCCGCACUGAUAUGGCUGAGAAGCGCCGUAGCUACCUCAGCGCCAGCGGCACGUCCGGCGCCGGCCAUGGGCCCGUCACGCUGGCGAGCACGCCGAUGGCAUCGCCUCAGAUGGUGCGUGCCGGCAGCGCCGGAGCAUGGGAGCACAUCGAGGGCGACGCCGCCAGCCCACCGACCCGCGGACGUCCUCUGCCGUCCGAGGACCGUGCGUCGAAGCUUGCCAGCGCACAGAGCUCUCGAGCGCCUUCGGCUGCACCAUCCGUCGCCCUCUUGCCGCCCAGUCGUGCGUCCACGUUUGGCGUGGUGACGCACGAGCCUCUCGAGGCGACACCGGUGCCUUCGGACAGCCAGGCGGGAGGAAGCGGGCGCUUCGCUUCCUUCGGCAGCGCCACGCCUUCGUUCAAGAGAGCGGCGCUUGUUGCUGGCGGCGGCGCAGUGAGCACGCUCGCUGUGACCGACGAGUCGCCUCAGCAGGAGCCGCGAGGCGAGAAGCGGCCACGCGGCUCGGAAGACUCGAUGGAGUAUGUCAUCACUCCGAGCGCCAGCUUCGGCGACGCGGCUCGCCUGAGCCACAUCAGCUCGAGCUCCGGCACGUCGAGCGCUGGAGAACAAGUCCUCGUGCUGCCGUUCCCGUCAGCCUCCACGAGCGACGUCACUGCCACGCCGCAACGCGAUUCGCGUGAGCGACUCAGCGACUCGCCACCGCACUCGGGCGAUGAACGCCGCGGCGACAGCCGCAGGUCAUCGAAGAUGGAGCGGCGCGGCACGCUGUCGCCCCGGAGCAUUGCCGGCGACUCGCCGCCGAGUCUGCAGCCCAGUAGCGACAGUCGCCUGGGCCGGCCCAGUCGCGCCAACUCGUCGCUCUCGUCGCUGACCGAGUCGAUUCGCGGUGCGCUCUCGCGCGUGGCCAUGCGCUCUGGCGAGAGCCUCUCGGGCGACGGCGGCGAAGGUGUGCACACACCACGCAUCUCUCCGCCCAUCGCCACUGCCGCUCUGGCGUCAGGGCAGGAGGCCAGCGAGAGCGCUGGCGAGUCGAUGCGCGCAUCUUCGUCCUGGUGGCCUGCGCUAGUCGGGCGUCGCAACAAGAGCUCACCGCCGACGGAGGCCGCUUCGCUUGAGCCAGCGCCAGCACCCCCGGCCAUCGAGAUCGAGCGCCCGAGCUCUCCGCGUGAGGGCGGCAGCCUGCUCGCGCUGUCCAAAGAUCAGGCCGCGCUCUCAGAGGCCGAUGACCAAGCGCCUGCAGGUGAGCGGGCCAGCGACGAGCCCGUGCCGCCGUCGCCGGCGCUCAGUCUGCGAACCAUCGAGACGGCCGCCUCCGAUGACUCGGAGGAGCGUCGGCUGUGGGCCACGUUCCCUGACCAGUCGCGUCGCCACCCACCAGGCCUCAUCGCGCUCGAGCACGAACAGCGCCAGCUCGAGGCUGCAGCAGCUCGGCAGCGAGAGCAGCGCGAGCAGCUCGGCGAGAUGUCGGAGCGCACGCCGCGCGUGGCUGCUGUCAGCGAUGCGGCUGCGGCGGCGGCCAUGGCGUCGGAUGACGCGUACAGCAGCGGCAGCAGCCAUGCCAUUCCGAUCCUCGGCGCACGCAGCACCUCGCCAGACGACAUUGCCGGCACACAGCAUCUCUCGGCAAGCCCGACGGCGCAGGAGCUGGCCGUCAGUCCUUCGCAGGGCGGCCUCAUUCCCAUCAAGGAGGAGUCGUGGGGCUCCAGCCUGGACGCCUCGAGCGGCGCUCCUUCGCCCACGCGCUCGCACGCCUCGGAUGCUCCGACGGGCGCGCCGCACUGAGACGCCUUGCCACCCCGCCUCCUCAUUCCAGUCACCACUACACGUGCUCCCUGUGCUCUGUCUCUCUCAUACCACCGCACGCCGGAUACCAGUCCGAGGC